AUGGACUGCAAGAUGACUCUCAUCGUCUUGGAGAAGACUUUAGCAUCCGCCGAAGGCAAACUCUCCUGGGCCGUAUGCAGCAACUACCUUGGGAGGAAGUACCUGCAGCCAGACGCCCUUACCGGGAGCCCCAGGUCCGACAUGACCUUGGCCGCAUGGAUGUAG